GUACAGUACCCUUUCGGAUUCUCCGAAAAUUGUGAGUUUCAGUUGGAUUGCAAAUCCAACGGUAGAAUGUUAUUCAAAGGUUAUGAUAUACGAAGCAUAACAUGGAAUUCCAUCAUACUCAAUUUCCCUCCAAAUUGCAGCCGUUCGAUAACCGAAAUCAGACAUCUUUUCGGGAAAAACUACGCUUUAACCAAUCUCAACGGUCUACUUUUACAGAACUGUACAUGAUUCCGCCGAGCUUGUCGGAAAGCAGGUUUGCAUUGUGUGGUUCGAAGAAAGACAGCAUGAGCUGCUAUGACUCGAAGAACGGUACUUUAAAAGGUGAACUUUUGAGGUACGAGGGUGUCAUUGACAGUCGAUGUGAUUUAUUGUAUUCGUCGAUUGUUGUUGACAGUUUCGUCUCUGGAGGUAACCCUGAUACAUGGCUAGAGUUCGAGGCGGUUCAGGUUGGUUGGUGGAUUAAUGGGGAGUGCCGGUGUCAUGAAAAGGCUCGUUGUAUUCAAGUUGCCGGAGCUUCCGGUUUCCGGUGUCAGUGUGAUGAGGGUUUCAUUGGUGAUGGAUUUAUCGACGGAGAGAGUUGCCGUAACGAAAAAUAUUUUGGAAAUGAAGAAAAUUAUAGUGGGGAUAAGCUUCAUUUGCCAGAUAGCCAAACCAAGUCCAAAAGGCAGCAUAAAUUACGUUUUGUAGUGACCUUAAUCAUCGCGGUAGCUUCUUUGGUUGGUGUGAUAUUAGCAUUAAUAUAUUUCGUAGUUUAUUUUAUGAGGAAACAGAACAAGAUAUCUCAAGGAUUAAUGUUGAACUUGAAGUUGCCCUUCUUAAAAGUAUCUUAUGACAUGCUUUUGAGAGCAACAGAUAGAUUUUCGAAAGAAAACUUAGUUGGUGCAGGUCAUUUUGGCUCGGUUUAUAAAGGAGUCCUUGAUCUCGAACACAAUAAGAAGGUGGUUGUAGCUGUUAAAGUCAUUAGCCUUGAUCUCAAGGGGGCUACAAAGAGCUUCAUGGCAGAGUGUGAAGUAUUAAGAAAUAUUCGUCACAGAAACCUCCUAAGAAUAUUUACUGUUUGCUCGAGUACUGACUUUCAAGGCAAUGAUUUUAAGGCGUUAGUUUACGAGUUCAUGCCAAAUGGAAAUCUUCAACAAUGGAUUCACAACGAUCAACAUACUGAAAAUAUCUUAAGCCUCCUCCAAAGAGUAAGCAUUGCGAUUGAUGUAGCAUGUGCACUGGAUUAUUUGCACAAUUAUUGUAACAUUCCAAUAAUUCAUUGCGACCUCAAACCAGCCAACAUUCUACUCGACAAUGACAUGGUUGCUCAUGUUGGAGACUUCGGGUUAGCAAGAUGUCAUUCACAAUCAAGUUCACGUAUUAGUAGUUCAGUUGCGGUUAAAGGGACUGUUGGAUAUGCUGCUCCCGAGUAUGGCCUAGGAAGCAGAGUGUCUAAGGAAGGUGACAUUUACAGUUUCGGCAUUGUGCUGAUAUAAAUGAUGGUUGCUGAAUCUCCCACCGCUGGCAUGUUCGAGGAAGGUUUAGACCUUCACAAGUACGCAAAGAAAGCAUUAUCGACAGAUCGAUUGUCCAGGGUAGUUGACCCUAGGCUUCUAGAUGAUAGUGAUGGCGCAGGAAAUGGGAAUCAAGAUAUAAUUUCGGCAACUAAUGUCUGUAAAAUGAAGUGCAUACAAUCUCUCAUUAAGGUAGGACUAAAAUGUUCAGUGGAUUCACCACAAAAUCGAAUAAAAAUCGAAGAUGUCAUCAAAGACCUACAGGUUACAAAGGAUACUUUUCUUGAAGAGUUGCGCAUCAUCAACCGAUACAUGUAAUAAAAUUUUGGAAUAAGUAUAUGAUGUUUUUUUUUGGAAAUUUUGUGAAAAACUACCUAUUAUAAUCCAGAAUUUGCGAGAAACUACCUAUUAAAAAAAAUGUUGUAAUUGACUACCUAAUUUUUAAAAAAUGUUGUAAUUUACUACCUUUACGCCGGAUUAUGAAGGAGUUUGACCAAAAUUCUCCGGCGUUGACUUGGUCACGUGACACUUGAUGAAAGGAAAAGGUCAUUAAGUGUCACGUGAUGAUCACGUGACCAAUUCAACACCGGAGAACUUUGGUCAAACUCCUUCAUAAUCCGGCGUAAGGUAGUAAAUUACAACAUUUUUCGAAAAUUAGGUAGUCAAUUACAACAUUUUUUUUAAUAAGUAGUUUCUCGCAAAUUCUGGACUAUAAUAGGUAGUUUUUCAAAAUUUCCUUUUUUUUUCUCAGUUCUAUAUGCAUCAAUUGGAUUGAAUUGUUAUAGAAUAAUUCGUGAGAAAUGUCUAUAUUUCUUAUUAAUAUCAUUUUCAUUUUUUAGCA